UGUUUCUCAAUACUCUGUUUGCUGCUACCACCCACCCGCCUGGACAGACCGACCAGACGACUCAGACACCACACAAAACAUGGCCAGAAAGGAUCAGGAAGCUGUGCAGCUGCCCAGGCCAGCGCUGCCCGUGGGAUUUCGCCAAUUUGCCACACAGGUGGCCGGACACACAUUCGAGGCGACCAAUGCCGCCGCCGUCGGCCUGCUGCAGGACUCUGUCGAGGGAUGUGUGCUGAAGCCACUGGGCAAGCCCGAGUGUGAAGUGCGUGAGCUCAACUUUUAUGAGUCAUUGGCAUCAGCAGCGGCGGCGGCGGUGUCAGCGGCGGGAUCUACGACCGAAGCGAAAGCAGCGCCAGGUGAUAAUGACCUUGCCGCCCUCAGUCGUCACGUUCCGCGAUUUUACGGCCAUCUGAAACUGGUUGUGAAUCAGCGCGAGCACACAUUUGUCCGGCUGGAAGACCUCACGAGAGGCAUGCAGCAGCCGUGCGUCAUGGACGUAAAGAUGGGUCGCCGCACCUGGGAUCCACUGUCCUCGCCGCACAAGCGCCAGGUGGAGGAGCAAAAGUAUGUGAUAUGCAAGCAGAAGCUUGGCCUCUGCCUGCCCGGUUUCCUGGUCUACCUCCCAGCAGAGGAGCCCGGCAAGACGGUGCUCAUGCGGCACGGCAAGGACUAUGGCAAGAGCCUGAAUGUCGCUGGCUUUCGGCAAACCAUGGGCAUCUUCUUCAAUGCCAGCACAAGUGACUCCAAGACACGAGCCGCUGGCACUGAGCUUCUGCUGCGUGAAGUGCUGCGACAGCUGCAGGAGAUCCUCGCUUGGUUCAAGCGUCAGCGUUUGCUACACUUCUAUGCCAGUUCCCUGCUCAUUUGCUACGACUACGCAAGACUCAGCAGCGCAGCUAAGACUCAACCAAUGCCACUGCUCAAUGGGCAUCAUCAUCAAAAUGCUCAGUCCUGCGCCGAUGAUGCCUCUGAGUGGGUGCGCGUGCGCAUGAUUGACUUUGCUCAUGUCUAUCCAGCGGAGGAUGGCCAACCCGAUGAGAACUACAUGUUCGGACUGCAGAGUCUCAUUGAGGUGGUGGAAUCCAUACUCUACCGAUAGCAACCAGAGACCAAGACCAAGGAGCCGCAGCUCCACCAUCA